AUGUCUAAGUCUUACUGCAGAUCCCCACAACGAGAUGCAGCAAUCCAGCACACCAUCGCCCACACCAUCACACCACAGGCACCACUCACACUUCUACAGCUGAUCAGAACAGCAGUACUUCGGGAGCUCGGCGCUAUAAAGAACAGAACCCACGAGGUGGUCCUCAGAGGUGCAGACGAUGGUGCAGUGCUGCAUGUACCACACCAGGUCACCAUUAAACCCGCGUUACUUUGCAAUAAGUACUUCAGGGUUAUGAUGCAUUCAUGGGUGGACGUAGAGAUGAGAUAUAGUAGAAAUCUAAGCACCAAUAACAUCAAUAUAACCAUCAUCAUAAGCACCACCACCACCACCACCAGUCCACCACAGAAGUAUCCCUCUAAACCACUUAAUCCACGUCUCCUACAGGAACCAUCACCACCAUCACUAUGCUGCGUUGGUUCCUCUCCACGUGCCUCCUCGGUGUGGCCCCUCGCCUCCGUACAGCACAUGGAGGUCAACUAUUCAUUCGGGGACGACACAGUCACCAUGGAUGUAACAGUUGACGCCAACAACAACAUGAUCCAUUAUUACAUCCCUGAAGAUGACUUUUUCGAGGAGGUGGAGACGAUCGAUGACUUUUAUGCGGGCUACGCAGCCGUCAAGGUGAAGACUGAUGAAGCUUGUUACGUGCAGCCACUCGACACCACACUGGAGGAGAAAGUGGCCUUGAUUCAGAGCAAUCCCGAACAGAUCAUUGAAGGGUCUGUCAACAGCACGUCAGUACUCCUCAGUGACGACGAACUGGAGGACCUCGGGGACCGCGUGGUCGACUUUUGCGACGGCUACCCCAUCUACGAAGUGUUCUUCGAGUCAACCCGGGACGAUUCUAGCGAGGAAGACUCUAGCGAAGAAUCUCAAGAUUCCAGCGACGAAUCUCAAGAUUCUAGCGAAGAAUCCCAGGAUUCCAGCGACGAAUCCCAGGAUUCCAGCGACGAAUCUCAGGAUUCCAGCGAGGAAGAAGCAGAAAAUGACUCAGAGGAGGUUUUCACUAGGUCACCAGGUUACCGUCAAGUAUCCGUAACAUUUAGAAAAUGUGUGAUUCUUUUCUUUAUUCAAAGCUGCUGUGAGACAACCCUCACCAUUCCCACCGGCUCUUCUAUUACUUUCCUUUGGCUCUUCGGUUAAUACGCUUCCAAUACCCAACCUGCUAUCGCCUAACCAAAUAAUGACCAGAUCUUAACUAUUUAUAUUAUUGGCUUUAUGCUUUCUCUCUUUGGUCCCUCGGAUGUGCACGAAGUAAAUUCAAUAAACGCAGUUAAAAGUA